AUGGCAGGCCUGAGGCACGGCCGACCCGCCUGCAUCAGGGCAGCGCUCAGCUCUGCCAGCGCCGGGGCCGGCUUCCGGAAGAGGCAGAGAACCACACUCCAUUGCUUCAAGGCCAAUCACAAAAAGAACCACAUGGACUUAAUUGAAGGUAUCUGGAGAGAGUCUGGGCCUCGAGGCCUCGGGGGGCUGCUGACUGCUGUGCAGUGGGGUCACACGGUGCUGGCUCCGUGCAGGAGUCCGGGAGAAGUUGGCUUAGAAGACCCUCUCUCAUCAAAAGCCCCAGACCCCCUCCUGGAAGCUACCAGCUGGGGCCCCACAUCCCCGGAGGCCAGUGACGUGGAUAUGCAGCCCGCUGAGGCCAGCAGCCCUGAGGCCCGAGGGCGGGCAGCCAGGCGCUCUGGGUCGCCGGAGGACUGGAGGAUGAUGGAGGACCGGUGGCCCAGGGCAGCCGGCCCCGUCGUCCCGGCCGCGGGGCCCCCGGAGCCUGGCAGACACGCGCAGGGCCGAGCCAGGGCGGCGCGGCCGCCUGCCAGACUUGGGAGUGAGAAGGACAAGGGGCCCAAGCUCACCCUCUCCAAGAGGAAACUGGAACUUUUACUUGCAGAGCCUGAGAAAAACAAGAGAAAGAAGCAGUAUGUGGCCUAG